AUGUCGACGAACGCCACCAUCCCUGCAUCGUACCCCGAGAAUCUCAACGAAACCUUUUCUCAGUUCGUAUACGAGCCGCUCAUUGCACCGAAGCUUGAGGCAUGGGCGGAAAGCUACGUGGAGGGGCGUAGGCAGAGGAGGAGGCAGCGACAAGGCCCUGUCCUCUCUCAGCCCGUGAACGAGCACGGCGACGAGAACACAACGCGCAGAUCCGCAGAAGAUAGGCAGCGUGCGGACGACGCUUCUAUCGAGCUGGAACAGCUCGCAGCUCGAGAACGGGAUGAAUGGAGAAACGCUGUCGGCUCAUCAACGCUGCGACGCAGGACGACGGCGGGGGCUCUCGAGGAGUCGCACACCAUCGCGUAUCCCAUAAUGACCCCGACUCAUGUCAUCGCCGAUACGUCUUCUCCCCCUUCUCCUGGAGGGCAGUCGAUCCGGACGAGCGCCCCAUCUGCCGACAACAGCCCCACUCGUCCUCACAUCAGCCUGUUUGAGCCUCAACCGUCCACGCGAUCGCAUAGGUUAAUGUCCCCGAGACUUCCCACUCCCGUAUCUAAUUACUCCCUGUCGUCGUCUCGUGCCAUGACCCCGACGUCGACCUUAUCCGAGCACUCUCCCGUAUCUUCGAGGCAGCUAUCCCCAGACCUGGGCGCAUCACUUGCCCUCCCGUCUUCGUACAACACCCCCCUCGACCGCUCGACCAUUUCAGAAGCCGACCCUGCGCCUGCGUACACCGACCCACUCUUAAACCCUGGCUCGCCCUUCUCGGAUAUUCACUCUGUGGAGGCGCGACACAGUCCCGAGUACACAUCCCCAUCGUAUUCUCCUGGCGCACUGAUUGGCUCUCCACGUAUGGGGUCGCCUAGCAUCUCAUCGGACUUCACGGUGGACUCGGACGAUGGAUUUGACGUGUUGUCGCCCCGUUCUGGGAUGUUCAGCCCGUCGACUAGGAAUAGCCGCCUCGAUGACGAUCCAUUUGAAGUGGGCUCUCAGCACGAGAGCGAAGUCUCGUGGACGAGUGUCGGCCGUCGCUCCCCACCGCCUCAAUUCUAA